UUUGCUUUAUGUGUUAUAUACUUAUCUUGGAGGGAAGGUUGUCAGGUCUCUCAGCCCAAGAUGAGGGUGGUACUCUUCCUCCUCGUCAUAAAGGUGGCGACGGCUCAGCUCUCUCUCGGUAAUGAGGUGGUGCCCGUGAUGCCAGGAAUGCCCACCAUCACCAGUCUGGACGUACAGUGCGAGAAAGAAGGAAUGACAGUCAAUGUGGAAUUCAACUUGCCUUUCAAUGGAAUCAUCUUCAGCAAGGGCCACUUCUCUAAUUCUGAAUGUCGGUACGUGACGCCGGAUACAGGACAGCGGAAAUACACCUUCCGUGUCCCGAUGGAUAGGUGCGGAACAGGCGCCACCGAGGAGGAUGACACCACCGUCUCCAAUGUAGUCAUUUUCCAGAUGGACCCCGAUGUACAGGAGGUUUGGGACACAGCUAAGCGGAUCUCGUGCGUAUGGAACAACAAGUACAAGAAGGCAGUGAACUUCGAGCCUCUGCAAGUUUCCAUGCUGGAUGUGGUUCAGACACGCUUCGAGGGAGAGGACGUCAAGUGUUGGAUGGACAUACAGAGGGGCACCUACCCGAACACGUAUCCUAUGGACGGUAUCCUACGCAUCGGAGAGCAGCUCACCGUCAUGGUCUACCUAAAGGACGAGAACCGCAAGUUGGACGUGGCCGUGAGGGACUGCUGGGCCUAUGGAGAACCAAACUUCGACGAUCCUGACACACCAAACCUACAACUCACAAGAGAUGAUGGAUGUCCAAUGCGUAAAAAACUCAUGCAUUUCUGGGCACGUACUUACGACACCUUUGACACUGGAGCAACUCUCAUCACCUACACCAACAUGUCGGCUUUCAAGUUUCCAGACCGAAUGCAGGUCUUCCUCACCUGUAAUGUACAGAUAUGCACUAACCGAUGUGAUGACCGCUGCACUGCCGAGCCAUCACAGCCUGUCACCUUCAUAACCCCAACGGAGAUCAGUGUAACAACACCACUCACCACACGACGACCACCACCUCCACCACCACGCUGCACGCCAGGUUCAAAAGAUCCCCGAUGUCCACCAAUCUGCAAGCCAGGAUCUCGUGAUCCAAGAUGUCAACCAGUAUGCAAACCAGGAUCAACUGACCCAAGGUGUCGUCCAGUCUGCUAUCCAGGCUCCACUGAUCCAAGAUGUCCCAAGCCUACAACAUCAAGACCAACAACAACAUUCUCAUGCAAACCAGGUUCCCUUGAUCCAAGGUGUCAACCAAAGUGUUACCCAGGGUCUACUGAUCCAAGGUGCCCAAGUCCUACAACACCAAAACCAACAACACCAUUCUCAUGCAGACCAGGAUCAACUGAUCGAAGAUGUCCACCAAACUGCUACCCAGGUUCUACUGAUCCAAGGUGUCCCAAAACUACAACACCAAAACCAACAACACCAUUCUUAUGCAGGCCAGGAUCAACUGAUCGAAGAUGUCCACCAAGUUGCUACCCAGGCUCUACUGAUCCAAGGUGUCCCAAACCAACAACCACAACACGCAGACCAACAACAAAAUUCACAUGCAGGCCUGGCUCUAAUGACCCAAGGUGUCCACCGAAUUGCUACCCAGGCUCUACUGAUCCAAGGUGUCCCAAACCCACAACACCAAGACCAACAACACCAUUCUCAUGCAGACCUGGCUCUACUGAUCCAAGGUGUCCACCGAGAUGCUACCCAGGCUCUACUGAUCCAAGGUGUCCCAAACCCACAACACCAAGACCAACAACACCAUUCUCAUGCAGACCUGGCUCUACUGAUCCAAGGUGUCCACCGAGAUGCUACCCAGGCUCUACUGAUCCAAGGUGUCCCAAACCCACAACACCAAGACCAACAACACCAUUCUCAUGCAGACCAGGAUCAACUGAUCCAAAAUGUACACCGAUAUGCUUCCCAGGCUCUCCUGAUAUUAGGUGCCCCCAGCCUACAACACCAAGGCCAACAACACCAUUCUCAUGCAGACCUGGAUCAAAUGAUCCAAGGUGUCCACCAAACUGCUACCCAGGCUCUACAGAUCCAAGGUGUCCCAAACCCACAACACCACGACCAACAACACCAUUCUCAUGCAGACCUGGAUCAAAUGAUCCAAGGUGUCCACCGAGAUGCUACCCAGGCUCUACUGAUCCAAGGUGUCCCAAACCUACAACACCAAGAACAACAACACGUAGACCAACAACACAAUUCACAUGCAGGCCUGAUUCUACUGAUCCAAGGUGUCCACCGAGAUGCUACCCAGGCUCUACUGAUCCAAGGUGUCCUAAACCUACAACACCAAGACCAACAACACCAUUCUCAUGCAGACCUGGUUCUACUGAUCCAAGGUGUCCACCGAGAUGCUACCCAGGCUCUACUGAUCCAAGAUGUCCCAAACCUACAACACCACGACCAACAACACCAUUCUCAUGCAGACCUGGAUCAAAUGAUCCAAGGUGUCCACCAAACUGCUACCCAGGCUCUACUGAUCCAAGGUGUCCCAAACCUACAACACCAAGAACAACAACACGUAGACCAACAACACAAUUCACAUGCAGGCCUGAUUCUACUGAUCCAAGAUGUCCACCGAAGUGCUACCCAGGCUCUACUGAUCCAAGGUGUCCUAAACCCACAACACCAAGACCAACAACACCAUUCUCAUGCAGACCUGGAUCAACUGAUUCAAGGUGUCCACCCGUAUGCUACCCAGGCUCUACUGAUCCAAGAUGUCCCAAACCCACAACACCACGACCAACAACACCAUUCUCAUGCAGACCAGGAUCAACUGAUUCAAGGUGUCCACCGAGAUGCUUCCCAGGCUCUACUGAUCCAAGGUGUCCUAAACCCACAACACCAAGACCAACAACACCAAGGACUACAACACGCAGACCAACAACACAAUUUACAUGCAGACCUGGCUCUACUGAUCCAAGGUGUCCUAAACCUACAACACCAAGACCAACAACACCAUUCUCAUGCAAACCUGGAUCAACUGAUCCAAGGUGUCCACCAAACUGCUACCCCGGCUCUACAGAUCCAAGGUGUCCCAAACCUACAACACCAAAGCCAACAACACCAUUCUCAUGCAGACCUGGAUCAAAUGAUCCAAGGUGUCCACCGAGAUGCUACCCAGGCUCUACUGAUCCAAGGUGUCCCAAACCCACAACACCACGACCAACAACACCAUUCUCAUGCAGACCUGGAUCAAAUGAUCCAAGGUGUCCACCAAACUGCUACCCAGGUUCUACAGAUCCAAGGUGUCCCAAACCUACAACACCAAGGCCAACAACACCAUUCUCAUGCAGACCUGGCUCUACUGAUCCAAGGUGUCCCAAACCUACAACACCAAGGCCAACAACACCAUUCUCAUGCAGACCUGGUUCUACUGAUCCAAGGUGUCCACCAAACUGCUACCCAGGAUCAACUGAUCCAAGGUGUCCCAAACCUACAACACCAAAACCAACAACACCAUUCUCGUGCAGACCAGGAUCAACUGAUCCAAGGUGUCGACCAAUCUGUUUUCCAGACUCCACUGAUCCAAGGUGUCCCAAACCUACAACACCAAGAACCACAACACGCAGACCAACAACACAAUUCAUAUGCAGGUCUGGUUCUACUGAUCCAAGGUGUCCACCGAACUGCUACCCAGGAUCUACUGAUCCAAGGUGUCCCAAACCUACAACGCCAAGACCAACAACACCAUUCUCAUGCAAACCUGGAUCAACUGAUCCAAGGUGUCCACCGAAUUGCUACCCAGGCUCUACAGACCCUCGGUGUCCAAAGCCUACAACACCAAAGCCAACAACACCAUUCUCGUGCAGGCCAGGAUCAACUGAUCCAAGGUGUCCACCGAACUGCUACCCAGGCUCUACUGAUCCAAGGUGUCCUAAACCUACUACACCAAGACCAACAACACAAUUCACAUGCAGACCUGGCUCUACUGAUCAAAGGUGUCCACCAGCUUGCUUCCCGGGCUCUACUGAUCCAAGGUGUCCCAAACCUACAACACCAAGACCAACAACACCAUUCUCAUGCAGGCCAGGUUCAACUGAUCGAAGAUGUCGUCCAGACUGCUACCCGGGAUCUACUGAUCCAAGGUGUCCCAAACCUACAACACCAAAACCAACAACACAAUUCACAUGCAAGCCUGGCUCUAAUGAUCCAAGGUGUCCACCGAACUGCUACACAGGAUCAACUGAUCCAAGGUGUCCCAAACCAACAACACCAAAACCAACAACACCAUUCUCGUGCACACCAGGAUCAACUGAUCCAAGGUGUCGUCCAAUUUGUUUCCCAGGCUCCACUGAUCCAAGGUGUCCUAAACCUACAACAUCGAGACCAACAACACCAAAAACCACAACACGCAGACCAACAACACAAUUCACAUGUAGGCCUGGUUCCACUGAUCCAAGAUGUCCACCGAGAUGCUACCCAGGUUCUACUGAUCCAAGGUGUCCUAAACCUACAACACCAAAACCAACAACACCAUUCUCGUGCAAACCAGGAUCAACUGAUCCAAGGUGUCCUCCAAUUUGUUUCCCAGGCUCCACUGAUCCUAGGUGUCCCAAACCUACAACACCUAGACCAACAACACCAUUCUCGUGCAAACCAGGAUCAACUGAUCCAAGGUGUCGUCCAAUUUGUUUCCCAGGCUCCACUGAUCCAAGGUGUCCUAAACCUACAACACCUAGACCAACAACACCAAGAACCACAACACGCAGACCAACAACACAAUUCACAUGCAAGCCUGGUUCCACUGAUCCAAGGUGUCCACCGAGAUGCUACCCAGGUUCUACUGAUCCAAGGUGUCCUAAAUCUACAACACCAAGAACCACCACACGUAGACCAACAACACCAUUCUCAUGCAGACCUGGCUCUACUGAUCCAAGGUGUCCCAAACCUACAACACCAAAACCAACAACACCAUUUUCGUGCACACCUGGAUCAACUGAUCCAAGGUGUCCACCGAGAUGCUAUCCAGGCUCUCCUGAUAUUAGGUGUCCCAAACCCACAACACCAAGAACCACAACACGCAGACCAACAACACAAUUCACAUGCAGGCCUGGCUCUACUGAUCCAAGGUGUCCCAAACCUACAACAACAAGACCAACAACACCAUUCUCAUGCAGACCUGGAUCAACUGAUCCCAGGUGUCCACCAAACUGCUACCCAGGAUCUAUUGAUCCAAGAUGUCCCAAAUCUACAACAACAAGACCAACAACACCAUUCUCAUGCAGACCUGGAUCAACUGAUCCUAGGUGUCCACCAAACUGCUAUCCAGGAUCUAGUGACCCAAGGUGUCCCAAACCUACAACACCAAAACCAACAACACCAUUCUCAUGCAGACCUGGAUCAACUGAUCCUAGGUGUCCACCAAACUGCUAUCCAGGAUCUACUGAUCCAAGGUGUCCCAAAACUACAACACCAAGACCAACAACACAAUUCACAUGCAGGCCUGGCUCCACUGAUCCAAGAUGUCCUCCAGUCUGCUUGCCAGGCUCUACUGAUCCAAGAUGUCGUAAACCUACAACAACAACACGAAGACCAACAACACCAAGAACCACAACACGCAGGCCAACCACGCUUGUCCCUGAUGGUUCUGGCACUCCUAGCACGAAAACGAAACCUGAUGGCGAUGACUUCCAUGCUGAGGAUGCUGAUCCCCGCUACCACGCCUUCCACUCUUGGCUUUAUCUGCCUCCUCCUCGUCCUCGUAGCCAUGCUGGACGUCGCCGUCGCGCCAUCGAGCAAGGCAAGAGCAUGACAGUUAAUCUCGGCGUACAACAGCUAGUGACUGGACCUGCAAAGACUUUACAUGCUAUAUCUAUUGAUACUGAAGGGGAUAAUCUUCUGGUAGAACUGGAGGAGGCUGGCCAGAUGGUACUGCCCAUGAAAGACGCUACACCAAAAGUGGAGGAAGUAGAACUGGACUAUGGCAGCGACAUCAAGGCUGAUGUCAAGCAUGAAUUUCUUCUCGUGUUUGAGGAGGAAGCUUCAAAAAGCCACCGGGCAAAGCGGUUCACAUUUGAAAAGGAAGGCCAGUCAACAGUAAUGCCCAGCUAUGGCAUGCUCUUCUUGGUAGUAGGAGUGACCGCAGCACUAGUAGGUACUGCUGUGGCUGUGCGUGCCACUUUAUCUCGAAGUAGAAGGAAAAGUGAAGUAAUUUCAUAUGCUUAACAUAAAGUCAGUGUGCGCUAGUGAACAUUCUGUCAAUUGAUUGUCCGAACUUGCAUAAGCAACAGUCCACUGCGAGUCAUGCAACAAAGUUUGUGGUAUUAAUUGUCAGUAAGUCUGAAGAAAUAUUAUUACAGUAUUUUCAUAGAGCAAAAAUUUGUACUAAGAAAAGCACUGUAUCACACGCCAUGUCAGCAACAUUCAGCGGCGGACUCUCGAGCUGGCUCGGAGUCCCUCAAAGUUGGAACUCCACCUUUCCUUACAGCCCUGUCUCCUUCCGCCAGUCCUUCACAUGUCUUGUAAACCUGAUCUGCCCCAAUCAUUGAACAAUCUCUAACUUACAAACUCAUCUACCACUACGCCAGCAGCUACACAGCUAAAUAUUCCAUUCAAAUCAAGUAUCCUUCAAACAAAACUUUUCCCUUUUCCCGUUUCUCGAGCCACACUUUGAACUUGUCACGGCAGCCGGCUGCCGAACAAAGCAGGGUUGGCAGUCGUGCGCCUACCCUCUUGGUAGUCAUCGGAGUCAAUGUGAUUCAAAUGGCUUUCUCUUCUAACAACACAGCUUUCCAUUAUGUAAAGUCAUCCUGACAGUAGAGGCUCAGAAUUACCUAUCAAAGAUGAAACUUCAUCUUUACUAGCCUAUUCGUUUCAUCUCUCUCUCUCUCUCUCUCUCUCUCUCUCUCUCUCUCUCUCUCUCUCUCUCUCUCUCUCUUUUCCCUGAGCCUUAGCUAAUUUCCUGUUCUAUCUCUACUUCUUCCUUUCCUCUGGCCAUCCCUAAUACGACUUGUUUGGACUGAAAACUGAAAUAUGCACCUCUCAGUCCUUAGCUAAUUAGAGGUAACGAGUGGGGUUAGUUCAUUGUCACAUAUAGUCAAUGAAGCUUUUUUUCUUUUCUUUUUUUUUUAUGCCAUUGUUUACACGAGUCUACUGUGAUGUCAUGAAUGGGUCGUGAUUCUCUAGAUAAGGAUUAUGGUGUUAUAUGUGUCAUUAGGUUAAAAGUCAAAGGUUUAUUUUUCUCUCUAUCCAUUGUUGUUUGGUCAUUUUUGUGUAUUUUUUUUCUAUGUAUAAAAUAAAUCUGAGUAUGUAUA